AUGCUCAAACGGUUGCCAGGAAAUAGUUCGAUACUGAUAAUGGAGGUUUCUUCAGAUACUUCUCUUUUGCUUUCCGUCUAUUUGUCCUCCUUUCAAUACUUCUUUCUUUCUUUCUUUCUUUCUUUCUUUCUUUCUUUCUUUCUUUCUUUCACCUAUAUGUUUUUCCUCCUUCCUUUCUUCUUUUCUUUGUUUCGCAUUAGUCAACCUUUCUUGCUUUUUUCUUUCUUUCUUUCUGUCCUUCUUACUUUCCACUCUUUCUUCUUUCUUUCACCUUUUCUUUCCUCGUUUCUUUCUGUCUUUUUUUUUACCACAUUUCAAUCUUUUCUCCCUUCUUUCAGCCCUCCUUUAAAUUAUUUCAUCUUCCUUCUAUUUUCUUUCUUUCUUUCCUUCUUUCUUUCUUUUUCUUUCUUUCUUGACUCAGUUGUCAUAGCUUACUCCUUUUUCCUAUUUUGCUCCCUUCUCUUUCUUUCCUUGAUUCUUACUUCCUUUCUUCUUUCCUUUCUUCCGCAUUCCUUUCUUUCUUUCUUUCUUUCUUUCUUUCUUUUUUUCACCUAUAUGUUUUUCCUCCUUCCUUUCUUCUUCUCUUUGUUUCGCAUUAGUCAACCUUUCUUUCUUUUUUCUUUCUUUCUUUCCUUCUUUCUUUCUUUUUCUUUCUUUCUUGACUCAGUUGUCAUAGCUUACUCCUUUUUCCUAUUUUUGCUCCCUUCUCUUUCUUUUUCCUUGAUUCUUACUUCCUUUCUUCUUUCUUUUCUUCCGCAUUCUUUUCUUUCUUUUCUUUCUUUCCUUCCUUCUUUCUUUCUUUCACCUAUAUGUUUUUUCCUCCUUCCUUUCCUUUUCUCUUUUUGUCAUAGCUUACCUUUUUUCCUAUUUUGCUCCCUUCUCUUUCUUUCCUUGAUUCUUACUUCCUUUCUUCUUUCCUUUCUUCCGCAUUCCUUUCUUUCUUUCUUUCUUUCUUUCUUUCUUUCUUUCUUUCUUUCUUUCUUUCUUUCACCUAUAUGUUUUUCCUCCUUCCUUUCUUCUUCUCUUUGUUUCGCAUUAGUCAACCUUUCUUUCUUUUUUCUUUCUUUCUUUCCUUCUUUCUUUCUUUUUCUUUCUUUCUUGACUCAGUUUCAACCUUUUCUUUCUUCUUUCUUUUCUUUCUUUCUUUCUUUUCUUUCUUUCUUUUUUCUUGACUCAGUUGUCAUAGCUUACUCCUUUUUUCCUAUUUUGAUCCCUUCUCUUUCUUUCCUUGAUUCUUACUUCCUUUCUUCUUUCCUUUUCUUCCGCAUUCCUUUUCUUUCUUUCUUUCUUCCUUUCUUUCUUUUCUUUCUUUCUUUCUUUUUCCUAUAUGUUUUUCCUCCUUCCUUUCUUCUUCUCUUUCUUACUCCUUUUUCCUAUUUUGCUCCUUCUCUUUCUUUCCUUGAUUCUUACUUCCUUUCUUCUUUCCUUUCUUCCGCAUUCCUUUCUUUCUUUCUUUUCUUCCUUUCUUUCUUUCUUUCUUUCUUUCUUUCUUUCUUUCUUUCUUUCACCUAUAUGUUUUUCCUCCUUCCUUUUCUUCUUCUCUUUCUUACUCCUUUUCCUAUUUUGCUCCCUUCUCUUUCUUUCCUUGAUUCUUACUUCCGUUCUUCUUUCUUUUCUUCCGCAUUCCUUUCUUUCUUUCUUUCUUUCCUUCCUUCUUUCUUUCUUUCACCUAUAUUCAACCUUUCUUUCUUUUUUUCUUUUCUUUCUUUCUUUCUUUCUUUCUUUCUUUUUUCUUUCUUUCUUGACUCAGUUGUCAUAGCUUACUCCUUUUCCUAUUUUUGCUCCCUUCUCUUUCUUUCCUUGAUUCUUACUUCCUUUCUUCUUUCCUUUUCUUCCGCAUUCCUUUCUUUCUUUCUUUCUUUCUUUCUUUCUUUCUUUCUUUCACCUAUAUGUUUUUCCUCCUUCCUUUCUUCUUCUCUUUUUGUCAUAGCUUACUCCUUUUUCCUAUUUUGCUCCCUUCUCUUUCUUUCCUUGAUUCUUACUUCCUUUCUUCUUUCUUUUCUUCCGCAUUCCUUUCUUUCUUUCUUUCUUUCCUUCUUUCUUUCUUUCUUUCACCUAUAUUCAACCUUUCUUUCUUCUUUCUUUCUUUCUUUCUUUCUUUCUUUCUUUCUUUCUUUCUUUCUUGACUCAGUUGUCAUAGCUUACUCCUUUUUCCUAUUUUGCUCCCUUCUCUUUCUUUCCUUGAUUCUUACUUCCUUUCUUCUUUCCUUUCUUCCGCAUUCCUUUCUUUCUUUCUUUCUUUCUUUCUUUCUUUCUUUCUUUCUUUCACCUAUAUGUUUUUCCUCCUUCCUUUCUUCUUUUCUUUGUUUCGCAUUACUUACUCCUUUUUCCUAUUUUGCUCCUUCUCUUUCUUUCCUUGAUUCUUACUUCCUUUCUUCUUUCUUUUUCUUCCGCAUUCCUUUCUUUCUUUCUUUUUCUUUCCUUCUUUCUUUUCUUUCUUUCACCUAUAUUCAACCUUUCUUUUCUUCUUUCUUUCUUUCUUUCUUUCUUUCUUUCUUUCUUUCUUUCUUUUUUCUUGACUCAGUUGUCAUAGCUUACUCCUUUUCCUAUUUUGCUCCUUCUCUUUCUUUCCUUGAUUCUUACUUCCUUUCUUCUUUCCUUUCUUCCGCAUUCCUUUGUUUCUUUUCUUUUUCUUUCUUUCUUUCUUUCUUUCUUUCUUUCUUUCUUUCACCUAUAUGUUUUUCCUCCUUCCUUUCUUCUUUUCUUUGUUUCGCAUUAGUCAACCUUUCUUUCUUUUUUCUUUCUUUCUUUCCUUCUUUCUUUCUUUCUUUCUUUCCUUCUUUUCUGUCUUUCUUACUUUCCACUCUUUCUUCUUUAUUUCACCUUUUCUUUCCUCCCUUUCUUUCUUUCUUUCUUUCUUUCUUUCUUUCUUUCUUUUUAUCCUCCUUUCAAUACUUCUUUCUUUCUUUCUUCAAAUUUCUUUCCUUCUUUUUUUCUAUCUUGUCAGCCUUUCUUUCUUUUUAUCCUCCUUUCAUAAUUUCUUUCUUUUAUUUAUUCGUUCUUUCUUUGUUCCGCGUAUCUAUUUUUCAUCCUUUCUUUCUGUCUCCCCUUUGUCAGCCGUUCUUUCUUUCUUUUUAUACUCAUUUCAAUACUUCAUUCUUUCUUCCUUCCUUUCUUUAUUUAUUUUGUCCAAAUUUCUUUCCUUCUUUCUUUCUAUCUCCCAUUCUUUCUUUCUUUUUAUCCUUCUUCCAAUACUUAACCAAUAUUUUCCUCCUUUCUUUUUAUCUCCCAUUAUUUAGCAUUUCUUUCUUUCUCUCUUUCUUACCACAAACAUAUUAUAGACACCGUCUGUAA